UCCCGGCACUUUUCUUGCAGCGCCUGUUCAGGGAGGGUCUGCAGGGCCGGAAUUUGACCCGGGAUUCCUUUUCCGAAUUCACAACAGUCAGAGAACAAGCGGCCAACUGAAACGGAUGUAAACAAGUGUGCUCCCGGUCUUAUUCUAACCGGUCCGCUUCUAUUGCGUAUACGUCUGGAGACAUACAUGACACCUCCAUACAAUGGUAAACGCUCAACUUGAAGACCUUCACAAAAUGACAACUAUUUUGGUCGAAAAGCAUGAAGGGUUAGGGUAUUUAAAUGCGUCGUGCCUUUGCUGACCUCCAGAUCCUCCUGUUUGUCGUCAUGGUCUGCCCAUGAGGGCACCUGAUAUUCGACCGUGUGUCCCGGUGGUGUGACGAUCUCAUAGAAUUGGCGGAAAAGACCCAUCAUCCCUCGCUGCAUCUCAAAACGGUACCGUAGCAGAAUGGACGCCCACACAAUGCGAGACGCAGAGCUCGUCUACAACUACCACCGCACGCGGAUGCCCCUCCCCGCCAGCGCAGACGCCGUCUUCUGCCUCUGCAGCCUAGACGUCCGCGUCGCCCACCGGGCGGCGCAGCUGCACCUCGACGGCCACGGGCGCUACCUCAUCUUCUCGGGCGGCUCCGGGAAGCUGACCGAGGGCCGCUUCACCAGGCCCGAGGCAGAGGUCUUUGCCGACAUCGCCCGGGCCCAGGGCGUGCCCGAGGGCGCCAUCAUCGUCGAGCCGCGGUCGACCAACACCGGUGAGAACGUGCGCUUCACGCACGACCUGCUGCGCCGGCGGGGCCUGCUCGGGGGCGAGGGCGGGAUCCGGUCGUUCAUCCUCGUGCAGAAGCCGUACAUGGAGAGGAGGACCUAUGCUACCUUCAUGAGGCAGUGGCCGGGCAUUGACCGCGCAGGCGUCGGUGGCGGCGAGGCGGUUGAGUUCAGCGUGACUUCGCCACAGCUCGAGUUUGCAGAGUAUCCGGACGAGGGCAACCCGCGGGAUCUGGUCACCAACAUCAUGGUUGGGGAUCUGAUCAGGAUUCGAGACUAUCCCGCCAAGGGGUACCAGAUACAACAAGAUAUCCCGGAGGAUGUCUGGGAGGCUGGUCAGAGGUUAAUUGCGGCAGGAUUCAACGAGCAUCUUCCUUGAUGCCUGUUGGGAUCUGCGUCUGCACCGGUGUACAGCUCAGAAGUCCAGGUACUAAUAGAGGAGCUGAACUGAGGCACAACGCUUUAGACUUGGUUGUCUUGGGUCUUGGUUCUCUAACAUACUUAAAACUUAAUUCUAUUGUACUACAAAGUUUCAUAUGUGUAGUAUAGUAUCAAGUGACUCUAUUAAUAAUAACAGUAAAUGGAUUGCA